AUGCUGCGGCUGCUGCUGCUGCCCCUGCUCUGGGGGACAGAGGGUGUGGAGGGAGAGGACUGGAAUUAUUACUGGAAAGAUUACAGGCUGCAAGUACAGAGUUUGGUGACGGUGCAGGAGGGCCUGUGUGUCUUUGUGCCCUGCAGUGUCUUCUACCCCCAGGGCAGCGGGACUGACUCGGAGCCAGCUCGCGGCUACUGGUUCAGGGAUGGAGCAAAGCGGUAUCUUCCAGUAGCCACAAACGACCCAAAGCAGAAAGAGCAAAGGGAAACCCAGGGCCGAUUCCAGCUCCUCGGGGACCCGCAGACCCAAAACUGCUCCUUGAGCAUCAGAGAUGCCAGGAGGAGGGACACAGGGACAUACUUCUUUAGGGUGGAGAAAGGAAGAGUGAAAUGGAGCUACAUGUUCAACAAGCUCUCUGUGAAUGUGACAGCCCUGACCCAUGUGCCCAACAUUGUCAUACCGGUGACCUUGGAGUCCGGCCACCCCACGAACCUGAUCUGCUCUGCACCCUGGGCCUGUGAGCAGGGGACACCUCCUACAUUCUCCUGGAUGGGGGACUCUGUGUCCCCUUCAGGCCUCACCAUCACCGGCUCCUCGAUGCUCACCUUCAUCCCGAAGCCCCAGGACCACGGCACCAACCUCACCUGUCAGGUGACCUUGCCUGGGGCCGGUGUGACCACAACAAGAACCAUCAGUCUCAACGUGUCCUACUCUCCCCAGAACUUGACUGUAACUGCCUCCCGAGGAGAUGGCACAGCAUCCACAGCCCUGGAGAAUGGCUCAUCUCUUUCCCUCCAGGAGGGUGAAUCUCUGCAGCUGGUCUGUGCUGUUGACAGCAACCCCCCUGCCAGGCUGAGCUGGACCAGGGGGAGCCUGACUAUGUGCCCCUUGCAGCCCUUGAGCCCUGCGGUGCUAGAGAUUCCUGGAGUGCACCUGAGGGAUGAAGGAGAAUUCACCUGCCAUGCUCAGAACCCUCUGGGCUCCCAGCAUGUCUCCCUGAGCCUUUCCCUGCAGAGUGAGUGCUGGAGCCAAGCUCGGCUCGCAUCAGGAGUGACGCUGGGGGCAGUUGGGGCAGCUGGUGCUAUGGCCCUGCUCUUCCUGUCCUUCGGCAUCAUCUUCAUCACGGUGCGGUCCUGCAGGAAGAAAUUGGCAAGGCCAGCAGCUGGCAUGGGGGAUACAGACAAGGAGGAUGUAAAUGCUGUCAGGGGCGCAGCCUCUCUGGGUUUCCUGACUGAAUCCCAGGAAUAUGACAGCCCCCGGUUCCAGCUGUCCCCAGCUGUGGCCGCCCCCUCCUCAGAAGGGGAUAACGAGACCCAUUAUGCAUCCCUCAGCUUUCAUGGGAUGAAGCCGAGAGACCCAGAGGGACAGGAGGCCACCAGCAGUGAGUACUCAGAGAUCAAGGUCCACAAGUGAGAAACUGCAGAGACGUGGCCCUGGCUUCAGGGAUCGCGGCCUUCUGAGGCAAAGGAAAAGUCAGAGGCCGGUUCCUGGAGAGUUAGAAGCUGCCUAGGCCACUGUGCUGUGCGACAGGACAAAGAAUUUAUUCCUCCUGUCUAAAUGAAACUUGGUACCCGUUGACAAACAUCUCCCCUUCUGUGUCCACCCUCCCGCUAAGCCUCUGUAACCCCCAUUCUACCGUCUACUUCUAUGAGUUUGGCGUUUUUAGAUCCCACACAGAAGUGAGGUCCUGUGGUAUAUGCCUCUCUGUGCCUGGAUCACGUUUCUUAACACACUGCCCUCUAGGUUCAUCUAUGCUGCUGCAAGCGACACAAAAAUGUAUUUUGUAGUUCAAAACAGGUAAAGGGAAUUUUAAAUGUUCUCACCACAAAGACAUGAUAAAUAUUUGAGGUGAUACACAUGGUAAAUGGCCUGACGUGAUCCUCCCAGAACGGAUCCAUGUAUUGAAACGUCACUAUGUCUGUCUCAAGGUCACUCAGUUACUCAGGACAGGGCUGGAGUUGAAACCCCUCCUGUUUCUGGGUGUCUUUUCUCAUCCAGCAAUGAGUCAAGCGAACAGCAGACUGGGCAGCCCUUGGUCGUAUGUUCGCAGGACAUGUUAUUCCUGGAGGGACUUUGAUUUUUACUGAAGAGGGGUCAUUAAAUGGCUCAGAGCCUCAGGGACAAGACAGGUGCAGUUGAGGUGAUGAAGGCUGGGGACUCCUGACCCUCCUUUAGGACAGAUUUCUAUUUAUUUGUAUGUUUUCCCCCACAUUUUAAAAAUACAGUAGUUUUUUAAAAUUCCAA